ACAAUUCAGAUCUCCAAGUUGUCCUCUUUGGAUUGUUUCUGUUAAUCUAUGUGGCAACCAUGCAGAUGAAUCAUCCACUCUGAGAGAAAAGUAUGAGCAACCACACAACAGUGACUGAAUUUAUUCUCCUGGGAUUCAGGGAUUAUCCAGAGCUACAGUGCCUUCUCUUUAUAGCGUUCCUAGUCAUCUAUAUGAUCACUGUGUUUGGAAAUCUUGGCAUGAUCCUAUUAAUCAAGAUCGACUCUCAUCUCCACACCCCAUUGUACUUUUUCGUCAGUAACUUGUCCCUUGUUGACUUCUGUUAUUCUUCUGUUGUUACCCCUACUAUGCUGGUGAAUUUCUGGGUGGAGAACACAGUCAUUUCAUUUAAUGAAUGUGCUGCACAAUUCUUCCUUUUUGCUUCCUUUGCUGGCACUGAGGGCUUCCUGUUGGCCGUGAUGGCCUAUGACCGUUACGUGGCCAUUUGCAAGCCUCUCCUUUACACAGUCACUAUGUCCCCCCAUCUUAAUGUCCUCCUGGUGUUGGCCACAUACCUUGCAGGCUUUAUGAACGCUGCCAUUCAUACUGGCUUCACCUUCCAACUGUCUUUCUGCCACUCAAAUGUCAUCAACCACUUUUUCUGCGACAUUCUACCCCUCCUGAAACUCUCUUGUUCUGACACACGUGUCAAUGAGAUUGUCAUGUUUGCUUUUGCCAGUUUUAAUGAACUGAGUUGCCUCCUGACUCUUCUCAUUUCUUAUGUCUACAUCCUCAUUGCCAUCUUGAGGAUCCAUUCUGCUGUGGGGAAGCACAAAGCCUUUUCCACCUGCGCUUCCCACUUGAUGACGGUCACCAUCUUCUUUGGCACAAUCCUGUUCAUGUAUCUGCGCCCCAGCUCCAGCUCCUCAAUGGACCAAGACAAAGUGGUAUCUGUGUUUUACACAGUGGUCAUCCCCAUGUUAAAUCCUCUCAUCUAUAGUCUGAGAAACAGGGAGGUCAAAUCUUCCUUAAGUAAAAUUUUUAAAACAAACUCUUUUUACUUUUGUACUUAGAAUCUUCAAAGCAUGGGAUUUAGGACUCUAAGGGAACUUAGAAAUGACCAAAUCCACCUCCAUUCACCCUGGUUCCAUUUCAUUAUGUCAUGAGGCUUUGGGGGGGUUUUUUUGAUAGUAGAGUUAGACCAAUGUCCUAGGCGACCUGGGGAAUAUGAUUAUUCUGUAUAAGUCCCACUUAUUCUGCAGAACCUAUAUCCUUGAAAAUAAACAAAUGUCACAUUUCAACUCCCUAUUUGGAGGUAUAAAACCCAGUCUAAAAGUAGAUGAGACAAAAAGAUGGAGUGGAAGGAGGAAUGACCCAUUUUCUUCCCCAUUUGAUGACUCCGUCAUGGAUGGUGGUGUAUGUAACUGUCAGAGGACAGGUGAUAAGGAGUAGGCUGAGCCAGGAUAUGACCAGAGGAUUGAAACAGGGCUUAGAGACUGCCUCUUGUCCCCAGUGAAUGGGAGAGAAAUAUCAGACUAAAUCCUGAUAGAGGUGCUGAAGUUAAGUGUUUCUAACCUGGGCAAGUGAUCUGGACCACUGAGGGAGUAAUGGGAACAAACCACCGGGUAAAUAUAAGGGGGAAUCACAAACCAAAAACACCAAGCAUUACAGAAUGUAAUUUUCUGGGAUUUAGAAAAGAGGAAUUCUUCAUAAUUCCUGAAGCUAUAGUGUCAUAGUGUUUGAUCUUUGAAUGGGUAAGCAGUUUAAGCUUAAAGAGCUAGGGCGAGCUGUAUAUCUUUUCCCUAAUGCCUUAGCAAAUAACCAUACAUAUCUAUUUUACUGUUGGCUGCAAUUUGGGACAAAUUUAAAGCUUUCCAUUGGAUUUGACUGGUAUUUUCAUAAUUUGGAUAUGUCCCUAGGAGGACUGGAUUUUCUUUACAGAUAGUGUCCGGAGACAUGUGAACAUCAAGUAUUUUAAACUGGUGAGGAUUCAGUAAAAUAUACUAGGUGUGAUCCUAGUAUAUCCCUUUCUCAUCGAAAGACUGAUUGUCAUCCUAGUAGAAAAUUAGCCAUUUAAAAGAGACUAUGGAAUAAUUUUGCUUUCAGUUACAGGCUAUGGUUUUUGAAAGGAAAUUAAAUGCAGAUCUUAUCAGUUAAUCCUCCUUUUUCCUGCUUUUCAAACAUUGCAUAUUAAAAACACAUAAUUUUCUUGCUUA